GGAGGGAAAGAGGACACAGGUUCCUCCCCCAUCCUUCCUCUGGAUCCUCACCCUACUCACCUCACCCCACCCCACCACCUUUAAGCUAUGGAGACUCAGAAGGAGGCCCUGGCCUUGUUUAGCAAGACCCUGUCCUCCCCACCCUUUCCUGGACUACCUUGGGUGUGACGAGAUAUAAAAGUGCUGUUUCCUGGGAGAAAGAGCGGGAGCGAGCAUUCCCGCCACCCAGACCAUGAGCUCUGCCCUGCUGCUGGCCCUGCUGGGCAUCACCCGCCCCCUGCCCGGAGUGAGGGCCCUGAACUGUCACUGGGGCAUAGCGCAGACCGUGAGGAAUGUAUCCGAACAACCCUUCCAGUGGAAGACUUCCCAGCAGAACUGUGGGGAAGGUUUGGGCUGCCAGGAAACAGUGAUUAUCACCCAGAACGAACCCCUCCUGUACCUGUUGCUCAUCAAAGGCUGCACCCAGGCAGCCAAUCAGGAGGCCCGCGUCACCGAGCACAGGGCAGGCCCCGGCCUGUCCAUCACCUCCUACACCCGGGUAUGCCGGGAGAAUCUGUGCAACGACCUCUCCACCAGCCUCCCUCUCUGGACCCCGCUCCCACCCACAGUCCCAGGUUCUGUGCGGUGUCCAGUCUGCUUGUCUACAGAAGGCUGUCUGUCGGUCCCAGAGAUGACCUGCCCGGCCGAGAGCUCACACUGCUACAAUGGGGUCCUCCACCUCACUGCUGAGGGCGGCUCCACCAGACUCAAAGUCCAAGGAUGCAUUUCUCAAGCAGGCUGCAACCUGCUGAACGGGACCCAGGAAAUCGGGCCCAUCAGCCUGCGGGAGACUUGCAGCCCUGAAGGUGUUCUGACGUGUUAUCGGGGGAUCAUACUGCAGAUGUCUCCAAACCUGAGCCGGGACCCUGUCAAGUGGUCCGCAUCCAGGGAGCAGCAGUGUAACCCUGGGGAGGUGUGUCAGGAGACCCUUCUGCUCAUAGAUGUAGGACCCAGGUCGAUCCUGCUGGGAAGCAAAGGCUGCAGCCAGGUCAGAACCCAGGCUACCUCCAUCCACUCGAGGCCCCCCGGAGUGCUGGUCGCCUCCUAUACCCGGGUCUGCUCCUCCAACUACUGCAACUCGGCUGCCAGCAGCAGCGUCCUGAUCAAUGUCCUCCCUCGUCCAGCCGCCCCGGCCCCAGGACACCUGCAAUGUCCCAUCUGUCUGGCCCUUGGAUCCUGCUCCCAAAGCUCUAACGUUGUGACGUGUCCUAAAGGCACCAGUCACUGUUACAAGGGUGAGAUUUUUCUCCAGGGAGGUGGGCUGGUCUCCCCAGUGGGCAUCCAGGGCUGCGUGGCCCACCCUUCCAGCACCUUGUUGAGCCGUAUGAAGAGUAUCGGGGUCUUCGAUGUGACUGAGACCCGUGAGGGUGUCACUGAAGUGGGUCACCCUCUAAUCCAAAGUGGAGCUGCCCCUGUCCCUUCCCUGGCUUGGGCGGUGGGGCUGUCCCUAGCCCUUUGGUGUGGGGUGCCCUCCUUGCUGACCCUGUUCCCCCAUGAUCCUUAGCUCCUGCUGACCCCCCACGCCCCACCUCUCCCUCUGACCUCAUAACUCAACAGCCUUGGACACUGAAUGAUGUCCCAGUCCUCAUCACCACCCCCUCCACCACCACACACACACACACACACACACACACACUCACACACACACACACACACACACAUGCAUGCACAUACACUAUCUGACCUGGAGACAGCAUAUGGAAGGGUCUGAGAACAGCUGAACUGAUCCUCUGGCAGGAGGGACAUUCACCCAGUGGCCACCUGUGUGCGAUAAUAAAGACAUUGUCCUUUCCCCA